AGAGAGGUACUUUUUUUUCCAAACAGCCCUUCCUCUUCUAUUAAUAAUUUGCUUCUGUUCUCCUGGCCCCAGCACAGUGGUGGCCCUAGGGGAACAUCGGAUGGUGUAGUCACAGGAAUGAGAAGCAAAGAGAACGAAUAUCAGCUUUAGAUUUCUGCCUGAGUGAAUACUGAUGUGUGAACUUGAGAACAAGAAACUCAGGCUCUUACUCUGGAACAGUAGCAUCCGAGAAGAACCGGGAUAUGGAUGUGAAUUGAGAGAUACCACUGAAAUCUAACUGAUGUAUGAAAGAGAUUUUGGAAUCAUCAGUUCCAGUUUUGGCAAUGGAUUCUCUUCUGAUGUGGAUUCUUCUCUUUCCUAGACUGCUGUCUAAAAUUGCUUAGGUAAUUAUGGCUCUGAAUGGCAUUAGGAAACCAGUAGAUAUAUUUGAACUUUGUUAGUAGGGUUUGUCCAAAUCCCAUCUGGCUCAGUGGGAAAGAAAAAGUUUUGACUUCCGGGUAAUGGAAAGCAGAGAAUGUGUUCAGAUGAAAGAAUCAAUAGGUCACUAUUAGGUGUGAAGUGUGAUCGCCAUAGAAAGGACUGUCCUUAUAACUUUGAAGCUAUUUUUGCAUGAUUUGGCCAAAUGAAGACAAUCAUGGUAUUUGUCUCUCUCUCUCAUGUUUGGCAAAGAAAAAUAUGAAGACCACUUUUUGAGGGAAAACAAACAGGUAGUUUUCACAGCUAGCUACAUUUACCCAAUCAUCUCCCUGGAUUUUUCCUCCCCCCCCUUUUUUUUGCAUUUAAAUACCAUAAUAACUGGGAUUGUUGAAAAGGGAGGAAGCUCUGUUGCCACCAGCACUGGAAACUUUUGUUUGGCUAUUUCAUGAGUCCAGUCCUUGAAGAAUCUUUCCCAUUGAGUGUCUCUGUGGAAAAGACAAAAAAAAACAACAACAAAACACUCAUGUCUCAGCACGGAUCAUCAAGAGAAGGCCAAGAGGGUCAUCAAUACCGAAUCCUAAGGAGAGUGAGUCAGGCUCUUCAUGGCUUUUCAUCAGCAAUCCUGCGCCCUUUUCAAAAGAGAAACUGGAGAAACAAUUCAAGGCAUACAUGUUCUGAUGAAAUCAUGCACCAGGAUAUCACUCCCCUCUGUGCCGCUGAUAUUGAAGACCAACUGAAAAAGCAGUUUGCUUACCUGUCUGGUGGACGGGGGCAAGAUGGAUGCCCCGUUAUCACAUUCCCAGAUUACCCAGCUUUCAGCGAAAUCCCAGAGAAAGAAUUUCAGAAUGUCCUGACCUAUCUGACCAGCAUUCCCAGUUUACAGGACACUGGAAUUGGGUUUAUCCUUGUUAUAGACCGGAGACAAGACAAAUGGACUUCUGUGAAAGCCUCUGUCCUUCGGAUAGCAGCAUCUUUCCCAGGGAACCUGCAGCUUGUCCUUGUUCUACGCCCAACAGGAUUUUUACAACGGACUCUCUCAGACAUUGCUUUCAAAUUCAAUAGAGAUGAAUUUAAAAUGAAGGUACCUAUCAUAAUGCUCAGUUCAGUACCAGAAUUGCAGAGUUAUAUUGACAAAACACAGCUAACGGAAGAUCUUGGUGGGACCCUGGACUAUUGCCAUAGCAGGUGGCUAUCUCACCGCACAGCUAUUGAAAGUUUCGCACUGAUGGUUAAGCAAACAGCUCAAAUGCUCCAGUCCUUUGGGACAGAACUGGCUGAGACGGAAUUACCUAAUGAUGUACAAUCAACCAGCUCCAUUCUUUCAGCACACACAGAGAAGAAAGGCAAGAUGAAGGAAGAUAUGAUGUUAGCAUUAAAAGAGGGCCACACUAUCCUUGAAAGCAUUAGAGAGCCACUGACCAAGAAUCCUGAGUACAACCUGAAUCAAGAUCAACUUGACAAUCAAACCACAGUGCAAAGGCUUCUGGAUCAGCUGGGUGAAACCGAAGCUGCUUUUGACGAAUUUUGGGUUAAGCAUCAGCAGAAACUCGAGCAGUGUCUACAGCUGCGGAAUUUUGAGCAGAAUUUUCGAGAGGUGAAAGCCAUUUUAGAUGUUGUAUCAGAGAGGUUAUCAACCUUUACGGAUGUGGGAAAUAGCUAUGCUCAUGUGGAACACAUGCUCAAGGACCUUGCUAGCUUCGAAGAAAAAUCCAAUGAAGCUGUAGAGAAGGCUAGGGCCUUAUCAUUGGAAGGUAACCAGCUGAUCCAAAGCAAGCAUUAUGCUGUGGACUCCAUCUUGCCAAAGUGCAAUGAACUCCAGCACCUCUGUGAUGAAUUCACAGCUGAGAUGAGUAGAAGGAGGAAUCUUCUCCAACAGUCAUUGGAGCUCCAUAGCCUUCUUGAAAAGUCUAUGAAAUGGUGUGAUGAAGGUAUUUACCUGCUAGCUUCCCAGCCCGUAGACAAAUGCCAGUCCCAGGAUGGAGCUGAGUCAGCCCUACAAGAAAUCGAGAAGUUUUUAGACACUGGUGCAAAAAACAAAAUCCAGGAGCUAAAUAAAGUUUACAAAGAAUAUGAAUCUAUUCUCAAUCCAGAUCUGAAGGAGCAUGUACAAAAGGUCUUUCAGAAACAAGAGAGCAUGGAAGAAAUGUUCCAGAAGAGACAGGUGAGCCUGAAGAAAUUGGCCGCAAAGCAGACUCGGCCAGUGCAGCCGGUGGCACCAAGACCUGAAGCAUUUACAAAAUCCCCCUGCCCUUCUCCAGGUCUUCGAAGAGGUUCUGAGAACUCAUCCGAAGGCAAUGUGGCAAGAAGAGGAAACUACAGAAGAGCAAAGAAUGAAAUGAGUGAUAUCCAACAGGGCAGAAGUGGCUCAGUGAUGGAUGAUGAAGAAAAUCUGGCAAUAUUGCGAAGGCAUGUAAUGAAUGAGCUUAUUGAAACAGAGAGAGCAUAUGUGGAAGAACUGCUCUGUGUCCUUGAGGGAUAUGCUGCAGAGAUGGAUAAUCCUCUAAUGAUGCAUCUCAUUUCAUCAGCCCUCCAAAAUAAGAAAGAUGUCCUAUUUGGGAAUAUGGAGGAGAUUUAUCACUUCCAUAACAGAAUAUUCCUGAGAGAACUUGAAAACUACAUAGACUACCCAGAACUGGUAGGAAGGUGUUUUCUAGAAAGGAUGGAAGAUUUUCAGAUUUAUGAGAAGUAUUGUCAAAAUAAACCCAGGUCAGAAAGUCUCUGGAGGCAGUGCUCAGACUGUGUCUUUUUUCAGGAAUGCCAGAGGAAACUUGAUCACAAACUCAGUUUGGAUUCCUAUUUGCUGAAGCCUGUGCAAAGAAUAACCAAGUAUCAGCUAUUAUUAAAGGAAAUGCUGAAAUAUAGUAAAAACUGUGAAGGAGCCAAGGAUCUACAGGAGGCAUUGACUUCUAUCCUUGGAAUUCUCAAAGCUGUCAAUGAUUCCAUGCACCUGAUUGCCAUCACUGGCUAUGAUGGAAAUUUAAAUGAAUUAGGCAAGCUCUUGAUGCAAGGUUCCUUUAGUGUUUGGACAGAUCACAAGAAGGGCCAUGCCAAAGUGAAAGACCUGGCCAGAUUUAAGCCAAUGCAGAGACAUCUAUUCCUCCAUGAGAAAGCAGUUCUAUUCUGUAAAAAACGAGAAGAGAACGGAGAAGGUUAUGAAAAAGCCCCUUCAUACAGUUACAAGCAAUCCUUAAAUAUGACUGCUGUUGGAAUAACAGAGAAUGUCAAAGGGGAUAUUAAGAAAUUUGAAAUCUGGUAUAAUGCAAGGGAAGAGGUUUACAUCAUACAGGCCCCAACUCCUGAAAUUAAAGCAACCUGGGUAAAUGAAAUCCGGAAAGUCUUAACCAGUCAGCUGCAGGCUUGCAGAGAGGCCAGUCAGCACCGAGCACUGGAGCAGACUCAGAGCUUACCACUACCCACAUCCUCCAAUACAAGUCCCUCGAAAAAUCAAACAAAGAACGUUAAAAAAUUAGAAGAAAGAAAAACUGACCCUGCAAGCCUGGAGGGAUAUGUCAGUUCAGCAUCAGUGCAGAAGAACCCAGACAAAAGCAAAGAUGACACAGUUACUAGCUCUACCUCAGAGAGCUCUGCGCUGUCCAAAAAGCGCUUUACACUGCAGGGUUUUGCUAACCUCAAAAGUCAGAAAGGUUGGACUAAAACUUCCUAUUCCCUUGAUGCUGCUGAAGACAAUGAUGGCUGGUCAAGUACUGAGGAGCCCCUGAAUUCAUCAGAUGCAGAGGAAGAAGGUGGAGCAGGACCCAGGAAACUGGUUCCUGGCAAAUAUACAGUUGUGGCCGACUAUGAUGAAAAAGGAGGUCCAGAAGCCCUUGCUGUGAAAAGUGGAGAUAUAGUAGAAUUGCUACAUGAGGGAGAAGAGGGACUUUGGUUUGUAAAGAACCUGACCACCAGCAAGGAAGGCUGGGUACCAGCCAGCAACCUGUUGGCAUUGAUUGGCAACUCAAAAUCAGCUCAGUCUUUGAGCAGCUCAGAAUCUGGUACUGGUUCCACCUUUUUGAGCUCCUCCUCAAGUUGCAGUGAGAGUUGCAAUGCCACCUUCUCAGACAUCAAGGGUUAACAACUAAGGGCUCACUUAUUAAGAUUCCUGAAAUAAGGACACCAUGUGCAGACUUCUGAUGGCGAAAUUGCAGGAGUGAAAACCAUCAUGUACCUCUGACAGUUUUGUCUUGCUUGGAAUUUACUUAGAGAAGGGGAAGUUUCUUUCAAAAUUAAAAGAAGAUUCAGAAGAUGACUCUGAGAAUCUGAAAAUAAUUUACUGGAAAAGCUCCUGAGCUGUAUGUAGAACAACCUAAGGUGCAAGAAUAAAAGGAAAUGUUCUGAAGCGUGGGACACUUAAGAAGCUUCUCAUCAGAAGCUUCUCAUCUUUAGUCUCAAUUCCAGAACUCACUUCCUAAUGUACAAUAUUUCAAUUUUUACAGAAAGAAACCAGUUCAAUCAUGCCACGUUGGAAGAAAUGGACAGUGGUGAAUUCCCUGCUAAAAACAAGGCUUUGUACAAAGCAUGGCUACGCAAACUUACACUACUAAUCAUACUCUCAAUGAACAUUCUUUUAUGGGUUGAUAGUGUCUCAUAACUAGAAAUGGGGUUUUGAUCCAGUUAUUCUGCUUUUGUUGUCUUCUGCAAGAAUAUGCAUCCUUUUGAAAUUGGUCACUAAAGAAAUGAACAGUUCACUGACCCAACAGCUUGGAGACAGGACUAUUUUAUCUUCUACAAUUUUUUUUUAAGGAUAUUAUUUCGUGGUCAUUUUUUUUUUGUGGUACUUUGGCCUCUAACCAAAUUCUUUACCAAGAAUCACUGUGUUUACAAAAAAAAACCAAUUUGAUACCGCCUUUGAUACAGAACUAUUUUUUGUUACUAGUGUUCACAUUUAAACAUAUUUGUAAAUUAAAUAAUCUAAUGUUAUCUUACCUGUCUAUAAUACCAAGGUAACUUCAUUCAGCUGAAGUUCUUUGGUUGUUGGUGAAUGAAAUUGGGCUGGUUUUGAUUGCCAGAAGAAAAUACAAACUAUAAAAUAUUCAUCAUUUUUUUCUACCAAAAAAAGAUGUGGGGAACUCUUUCCAUUUUUUAAGAAUUUCUCUACUUUACAUAUCUUUUUUACUGUUUUUAAAGAAAUGGUAAAGAUGCAAUUUUUGCAGGCUAUUAGCCCAACCAGUGCUCUUUAUUAUAGCCUGAGAUUCUCUGAGAUCUAGCCUUCCACUAUGCAGGCUUAGACCUUAACUGGUCUAUUCCAAUUCAGAACUUUCCUCUGCUUAAGAAACAAAGCUUUGGUUGUCCAUGUAACAUUAUUUUACAGUACUUUGAAUAUAUCAAUAUAAAUGCAGAGAAAAUUUUCUUGCUCAAGGUAGAACUGAAAAGGAAAUGCCUCACUGUUUUUUGUUUGUGUGUGUGUGUGUGUGUAUGUGUGUGUGUUUCAGAAAACAAAACGCUUGUUCUACUGAUUGUUGAAACACACUCUGUACCUAAUUGGGGCAGAUAUUUUUUAUAUGUAUGUAUAUAUGUUAAUGUGUGUAUAUGUGUAUAUAUAAAUAUUGAUGUAAAGGUUGUAUUUAUAGUCUCCAUGCUGCUGAGAGUAUGUCACUUUACAAUCCAUAAAUAUAAGUCUUCAUGAAUACCUGAAACAUGGGAUUGAUUGAGAUUUUUGUUUCCUAGUCUGCUUUCCAUAUGCUCUAUCAGAAGGAAAUCACUCCACAUUUCCUAUGAUCUGUGAAUCCCUCCUUAGCCAGAAACCUCUUGCUUCAAGUGCGGUAUUGAAAAUGGAACAUGGGAAGAGACAUGAUGGCUUUUCUUCAGGUUUAUAAAUUAUUUGUAAAUGCCAUGUAACAUAAUCCACUCAAGUUUAUUGUUUGGAUGUUUUCCUUGCGGCAGCCUCGCUACUUUGUGAUUAUCUCAUCUCAGCACUUUAAACCUCACAGUUCAUUCACUGUUACUUUUUUUUCUACUGCUAACGUAAAUGACAUACAAAAUUAGAAUUCCUUAUUGUAUGUAUUAUGGUUGGAUGAAUAAAUUUCAGCAGCUCUUUGC